UAGAAAAAGUUUAGCUUUGCUCUGGACCCGGAGAAAGUCAUAUUUUAAAACAGGCAUAAUCGGUGUGAUUUGCAUCAUUAUUUUCAGAUUUCCAUAAUCUUUUUACACGCAUAUCCUUUUCUUUCCCAUGUUAAACGACUUCCACGUUGGCUUGCAAGAUUUGAGAUAUUUUACCAGGCAGCAGAGAGCACAGAAAAUGGAGGAAGCUUUUGUAAAGAGCAUCUAUGGCUGUUGUAAAACAUUUUUCCACAAAGAACCACAAGAAUUAAAGACAGUCUAAAUUUAUGGUAAGGGAAUCACAUCUGGCUACAAACCAAUGGAGGGUGUUUUAUUCUUCAUCUUUAUAACUAUGAUAGUAUUCAAAGGGGCAGAAUACCGUACACUCUUGUUCGACAGGAUAAAUCAAAUAUAGUAAUUUUUUUUAAUCCUGUUGUAAAUAGGAUGCUUGCUUGAUUAGUAUCUUUGGUAUUCCCUGAAAUCCUCUGUUCCCAACUUAGUAGUUAUGGCAUUGCCACGGAAUUCCUGAAGAAACAAGGGUUACUUCACUAAAAUAUUUUAAUGUCAAAUAGUAAGGACAAAAGAUUUGCAUUGACAAAAAGCACUCAAACUUGGCCAAAAAUAAAACUUUGGGGCCGGCUCUUGUCAAUUGCAAUGACAAGCUUGGGAAAACAGGGGGCCCUUCCUUGUUAUCAACGUUGGGACGUGGUUUCUCUGUUUCCCUGGAAAAUUCAUUCCGUGGAUUCCAUGAAAACCCCGUACUUCCAAAACUUUCCUGCCCCAUUAAAAAUUGAAAAAAAAUAAAAAAAAGACAAAAAACAAAUAAAGACGUCAUAAACCCCAAAAAAACACAUAAAAUGUCAUUUGUCUCGACCACGUCAACAACUAGGCCAAGUUGGCCCUUUCAUUAAUCAAAGUAAAACAUUAUCUUCAAUUUUGAGGUGGGUCCUACUGCAGAUCAACGGUGGAUGAUUGGUCUCUCCCCUAUGUAGUUGGUAGCCUCGUCAUCACCAAAGCAUUUUUGAAAAGUACGUUAAAAUCCAGCGGAGACUGUCUCUGUCGUUUCUCCAUUGCGAAUAUAAAUGGACAGCCUCAGUUUGAGUUAUUGAGAGAAUCCUCGAAGCAGAAAUAGGCAGUGAAAAUGGGAGGAAUAACUGGACCUUCUGAUUAUUCACUAGAACCGCCACGCCAUCCUUGUCUUAAAAUCAACGCCAAGGAGCCCUUCAAUGCUGAGCCACCGCGUUCAGCUUUAGUUUCCUCUUAUGUGACACCAGUGGAUUUGUUUUAUAAGAGAAAUCAUGGACCAAUCCCCAUAGUUGAUGACAUAGAGAGAUAUUGUGUUGAUAUAAGUGGUUUAAUUGAAACUCCCAAAAUGCUGUAUAUGAGGGAUGUCAGGAUGCUGCCAAAAUACAAUGUUACAGCCACUUUACAGUGUGCGGGUAAUAGGAGGACUGCCAUGAGCAAAACCAGAAAUGUUAGAGGAGUGGGCUGGGAUGUUUCUGCUAUAGGGAAUGCUGUCUGGGGUGGUGCCAAAUUGGCUGAUGUUCUUGAACUCAUUGGGAUACCAAAGUUGACAAGUAGCACUCAGUCUGGUGGAAAACACGUAGAAUUUGUGAGCAUUGAUAAGUGUAAGGAGGAGAAUGGAGGCCCAUACAAGGCAUCAAUUCCACUUAGUCAGGCCACAAAUCCUGUUGCAGAUGUUUUACUUGCUUAUGAGAUGAAUGGAGAGCCUCUUAACAGGGAUCAUGGUUAUCCGUUGAGAGUAAUUGUGCCAGGUGUUAUAGGUGCUCGCUCUGUCAAGUGGCUGGAUUCUAUCAAUAUAAUAGCAGAAGAAUGCCAGGGCUUCUUCAUGCAAAAGGACUACAAGAUGUUUCCACCAUCUGUGGAUUGGGAUAACAUCAAUUGGUCUACAAGGAAGCCACAAAUGGAUUUCCCUGUUCAGUCUGCAAUUUGUUCUUUGGAAGAUGUGCAGUCAAUAAAACCUGGAAAGGUAAAAGUAAGUGGAUAUGCAGCAUCAGGAGGUGGCCGUGGAAUUGAACGUGUAGAUGUAUCUAUUGAUGGUGGCAAAACUUGGGUAGAAGCCUCUAGAUUUCAGAAGACUGGUAUCCCUUACAUAGCAGAUGACAUAACCAGCGACAAGUGGGCGUGGGUUCUUUUUGAGGUCACAGUUGAUAUCCCACACAGUACUGAGAUUGUUGCCAAAGCGGUGGAUUCAGCUGCAAAUGUCCAACCUGAAAAGGUGCAAGAUAUUUGGAACCUAAGAGGGAUUCUGAACACUUCAUGGCACCGAGUUCAUGUUCGAGUGGGCCACUCAAAUAUGUAAAACAAACCUAUUGAACAGUUAAAUAACUUGGCUAGCAUCCUGAAAUGUGUGGCUGACUUUCUUUACCUUGUGUUUUGUGCAAAAUAAUACCGCCUGGCUUAAUAAUGUUGUUUUUAGUGGGCUCAUAUGUAAACUGGGAACAGAAUUGAGUUGUUGAAGGCUUUGCAACGAGUGGUUCCUCUUCAAUCUUGCAUGAUUUCAUAUUCUGGGUUAGCUGUGACCAUCACUGUCUCCAGGUGUUGCUAAUUUCGUGCUGUUUUUGGGGUCAAUAUCGUUCCAUCCUUCAUAUAUAUUGGGAUAUGGCUUUUGAUGCUAAAUUCUCCUAAAACAGCAUCUAGGAUCAUUGUAAUAAUAUUGGGAUGUCAAUGGAUAGAUGUAACGGGUAAGUA